GCCGGUUAGCGAGCGACCAAUCAGGAUCCAGGUCGCCUGUACUGGGCGUGGCCACCUGCUGCUAGGGCAGUGACGUCGUGGUGGCCGGACACCUGUUACCUGUCCUCCUCCCGAGACUGAGCCGCGCGGACAGCCGGUGCACCGAGCGCUGACCCCGGGCGUCAGGAGACCGAGCGGAGGCUCCUUCAUGCGGUUCCGGUGAAGACCUCUCCCGGGCGGCUGCAGUGGACGCUUCUCCUGUGGGUCACGUACUGGAAGCGCCGUUCUCCAAGGACGAACUUUCCCCUCAGUACCAGUCAGCAGCCCCAUGGCCGGGGAGGUGCCCGAGGUCCCCGACGACUCGGCGUUCCUGUCUUUCCAGGCGCAGUGCGAGUCCAAUGAGGGCUGGACCUGUUACUACAACAAGCCGGGCAUAGGGGUGUGGAUGAAGCCCCCGAGCGGGAAGACGUGCCCGGUGCACACCGUGAAGGGAUGCAUGACCUUCCCAGAUGUCCCGGCUGAAACCGUAUAUGAUGUUUUACACGAUGCAGACUAUCGUAAGAAGUGGGACCUAACCAUGAUCGAAACCCGGGAUAUCGCUCAGCUCUCUGUGAACGCAGAUGUGGGAUACUACUCCUGGAAGUGUCCUAAUCCUGUGAAGAAUCGAGACGUGGUCACGCUGCGCUCAUGGCUUGUGUUGCCGGAUUGUUAUAUGAUCAUCAAUUUCUCUGUUAAGCACAGCAUGUAUCCUCCCCGACGAGACUUGGUCCGAGCGGUGUCAUUUAUUGCGGGAUACCUUAUUAAAAUCAACAGUCCUACGAGCUGUACACUUACCUAUCUGGCACAGGUAGAUCCCCGAGGUUCCUUACCAAAAUGGGUAGUAAAUAAAUCCUCCCAGUACCUGGCACCAAAGAUUCUGCGGAAACUGCACAAGGCAUGUCUGCAAUAUCCAGCCUGGAAGAAGAAGAACAACCCAGAGUUUAAGCCGUGGCUAAACCCAGAGCAGAAUGCAUUACCUCGAAUAUCCCUUAAUGAGCUGUCCCUGCAAAGAGCGGAGUCCCUAGAACAUGUGGAUGAAAGUCAGGUGUGCGAGGAUAAAGACGACCGAGCAGACAGCGAUGACGAGGAGAGGAAAACUGCCAAAAGAUGAUCAACGAGCACAGACUGCACCAUAAUGAAGUGUUUACAGCUCUCUUCCUGCUUGGCACACAAGCAGGCCUUUAUGUACCAAAAGGAAAGCUUUACAUCAGAGUGGAACAGACAAAUGCUGUCCCUUCCCUUUUACAAAAAAACAACAAUAACGUCUCAUGUGGCCAUCUGACCGAAUAACUGAUUUGCCACGUGUUAAUACAGUUAAGUCUUCCAAAAUAAUUAAAGGGGUUGUCCAGCUUUUUGUCCUUUUUAUCUUGGCAGCUUGCAUUCUGUUGACAAAUACACCAAACUACUCAUACUCCCCUGCUUCCCACCUCUCCACACUGGCUCCCCAAAAGUUGAGCACUCCCAUGAACAUUUUUAUUCUCUGACCUGAUCAGUCUUACAAAUGCCAUCAGUUGGCAUACGUUUUGACGGAUCCGGCAGGCAGUUUUGGCAACGGAACUGCUUGCUGGAUCACUCUGCCGCAAGUGUGAAAGUACCCUGACAAGUCAGAAUAAACAUUUUUGUAGGAGUGCUUCUUAAAAAAUGUCCAAAAAGCUAGACAACCACUUGAAGGAUCACUAUGUCCUGCAGCAAGCAAACACUGGCUCUAUGCCUUUUCUUAAUGUUGCAUUCCUGAAUAUUGCCUUAAAGGGGUUCUGCACUUUUUUUAAACCGAUGAUCUAUCCUCUGGAUAGAUCAGCAUUUGAUCGGCGGGGGUCCGACUAGUAUCAAUGGCCUGGGCGCAGCUAAGCUUUGUUCAC